AUGAAAAUCAUCGUUAUAUCAAUGCUAUUGCCCUUUCUAUUUCUGGGCCUUUUCCUAAAAUCGAAGGAGCAGGAAGUACUCCUAUCUUACGGACAAUUCCUCAAAAAUACCUUUAAAGAAAUAUUACUCUACUUCAACAUAUUCGACAUAGAGUUCCCAGAAAGCUAUGUACAAAAUGAAAAACUUUUAGGACUACACGUAAAGGAUAUUGAAAAGGACGCAUAUACAGUCUUCCCAAUUUUAAAAGAACUAAAACAGAAGGAUUAUUUUCGUAUUUUUAAAGUUAAUCUACACAUACCUUGUAAAUUCCUUAAGGUAAAUGAAAAAUGUAAAGAAAUAAAAAAGUGCAGUGUGUGUGAAUGUCACGAUGAUGAAAUUCCUUACAACUUCCGAACGAAUGAAAUUGAAAUUAUUGAGGAUAAAAUGACUAGUGAAGAUUUGAAGAAAACUUUUAUUGAGAGUAAACUGUACAAGGAUAUCUUAGGCAUUUAUGCUCCCUCCGAUGAGGGCUUCCUGUCUUAUGUGGACUUGGUCUACAACUCCCCCUCCUUCACGGCCUACGAGGGCAGCAACAUCUGGAACAAAAUUUACCGAGAAAACUGCUUCCAGAAAGAGGAAAACAAGUGCCACGAAAUGAAGAGCUUCUAUAAAAUAAUUUCUGGUAUGCAGUCCAACAUAGCCAUUUUAUCAGCUGAGUAUCACUACCUCAAAAACGACUUUGUUUUUGGUGACAUACACACGGAGGAUGUAAUAAAAAGCGACUAUUUUAAGAAGCAGAAUUAUGAAUACAACAUGCAGUUCUUCAAGGAAAAAAUUGCUCUGUACCCGGAGAGGAUCGAGAAUUUGUACUUUACCUUCGCCAUUUUGCUCAGGGCCAUGUGCAGACUUAAGUCCCUUGUCAGUCAGUGCAAGUGUAACUCGGGCCACGCAGAGAACGACAAGGAGGCCCAUAAGGUGCUCAACGACCUGCUGGGCAGCUCCUACUAUUCCUGUUCGUCGGAAAAAUUCCUGGAGCCCAUCUUCCCAACCCAGGGGAAGGAAAUACUAGCCAAAUUUAUGAACAUAACAAAUAUUUUGGACUGCGUGCCCUGCGUGAAGUGUCGCCUGCAUGGCAAGCUGAAGACCACCGCUCUGCAAAUAGCCUUGGUGGAAGGGAUGAGUUACGAGCACAUCGGAUCCCUCGAGCGAAACGAAAUUACGGCGCUCAUAAACUCCUUGUACUACUUCGCCGAUUCGAUUAUCAUCCUAAAUAAGUAA